AUGGCAGAGAAGAGGACGUUUGAUGCUGCAUUCGAGGGGCAUCUUGCUCAUGUUGUGCACCAGAAUUCUACGAGCAACUCAAAGCAGCCAUGGGAGAGAAGCAUCGUGAAUGUGCCGAGUGUCUUGCCGAGUGCGUUUCUGGGAAAGGGUCGUCUUGGGAAUGUGCUUACUCAUACGGCUGCUGCUUCUGUGAAAGCUCCGAGUGGCCCGUCGGCUAUAAAUCUGACUGCUACUGGAGGCAAGCUGCCUAAGAAGAUUGGGCCUUCUUGGGUUCAGAGACAAUCGGAUAACAGACAUGCGGCUGUCAUGAAGUGGCUACGGAUUGCCAAAGAGGGUGGAGACUUCUUCGGGAUCUGUGCUAGAGUGGCGGAAGAUGCUGAGGCUGGGUUGCCGGCCUCCCUACAGGAGGCUCUAGGAGAUGUUUUCUCACUCAAGGCGAGCAGUACACUUCACAGCAGGGCUGGCCCGGUCCUAAGAUAUAUGGCAUUCUGCUGGCGCAUCAGAGAGCAGCCCUUCCCUUUGUCUGAACAGAAGAUGUACCGCUUCGUCAAAGAAUAUUGCAGUGGGGCUGCACCUACCUUUGCCUCCAGCUUUAUGAGUUCCGUUGGCUUCAUGCAAUAUGUCUUGGAGGCGAAGGUCUCGGACGAUUGUGUUAGCAGCAGGCUGGCUGGCGCAGUUUCGAAGCUCUACUUGGAGAAGAGAAAGCUGCAGCAGAAGCCGCCGUUGACGGCUUCACAGAUUCGGGCUUUGGAGCGGAUUGUGCUGGGACUCAUGCCUGAAGUCCGCACAGAUGUCGAUCGAUACGCGGCAGGGUGCUUUUUAUAUUGUGUGUUUGCAAGAGCCCGCUAUUCGGACAUGCAGUGUUCUGGUGAGCUGGCUAAAGACAUCGUGCAAGGCGAAGACGGACCGCGUGGGUACCUUGAGGCGAGGGUCACCAGGAGUAAAACGAGCCACAACCUGGAACGCAAAACCCGAUAUCUUGCUAUGGUCAGUCCAAUAUGGGGCCUCGAGCAGGAUUCUUGGGCGAUGGCUUGGAUGGAGGUGGCUGGCAGGGCGGGGCCCGCAUGGGGACCUGACAUGCCCCUGCUACCGUCUCCCGCGGAGGGCGGCCAAUGGCAGAAGGCGCCUAUGUCUGCGCAAGCAGGAGCGCGGUGGCUUCGCCACCUUCUCUAUCGUGCAGGCGAGGAUGUCUCGCUGGUCAAGGCCGUGGGCACUCACUCCUGCAAAGCUACGCUUUUAUCAUGGAUGUCCAAGUGGGGAGCUACUAAGGAAAUCAGGUCGAUACUCGGAUACCAUUCUAGUGCCAACGCCGGCACGGAUGUUAUCUAUGCGAGGGACAGCGUCUCCCCUGCAUUGCGUGAGUUGGAGGAAAUGGUUUCUGCUGUCGCUUACAGGCGUUUCUUCCCGGACGCCACGCGCUCGGGCAUGUUUGUGGAAUCUUUGGCUGCCAGGGGAGAUGCUCAUGACAAGGCCGAGGUCGGUUCAGAUUCUUCUUCCGACAGGAGCGAUGACGAGGAGGAACCGGACACCCUCGAGGAGGAGAAGGUGGUUGAGGACAGUGUCGGCGAUUUUGAGCCGAGCGGUUGCCUUCGAGAAAACCUGGAGGGCAAGACGGUUUUUCGGCAUGUCACCACCCGCUUCAUACACUUAGUCGCUUCUGAGGAGGGCACAACUUUUAAGUGUGGCAGGCAGAUCACAUCGUCCUACUUGGAGUGCAAUGCGACACCCAGGUUUUUGCAUCCGAUCUGCCGGCAGUGCUUUCCAGAGGCGAGGUGA